UUUAGACUGUUAAGCUCUUUCACACAGGCUAAACAGUCACAUCAGAAAACACAAACAUAUAAAAUGACGUCGGCUGUAAAUCGUUGAAUGAAUCCAGGUUUUUCGAGACUCCAUAAAGUUGCACGCAAACUGCAAUAUAUAGCGGGCUCAAUUACUUGUCACGUCACCGGACAUGAUCGAGAAAAGGGCUGGCCACAAGAAUGAUGUUUUGUGAGUUGGUUUUUCACAGGAGGGCAAUAUUGGUGGAGCUGUUGUUCUUUCAAACUAGAAACAAUUGCCGACAUUGUUUCGGCAUUAAUGGUCGCGUAGCCUCAGUGAGAGCAAAAACAGCUUUUUAGUCGGUUGAUCAAGUCUGGGUGAAACACGAUUAGCGAUUCAAGAUAGAAAUGAGCACUGGACAAUCUUCUGGCCAGGAUGGGCCUUCAAUUCAAGCACGGAAUGAACUGUCAGACAGGCGAAACUCUACUGAACUAGCCUCAAUGCGAAGGAGAAAGAUCUUCUGGGUUUGUAUCGUGUGCUGGCUGAUGAUUUUGUGUGUAACUGCUAUAAUUAUCAUAGCUGUUGUACACUUUCAAAACUCUAAAAGCGACACUGAUCAGAUGAGUGCUGGCGCUCUAAUUGGGUUCGGAGUAUUGCUUAUUUUUGUGCUUUUGUGGUCGGGUGUAGUUUACUUCAAGUUCUACCGUUCGAAAUCGAGAAGGGAUCCGCAACAAUGCAGACCUAGCCGAGAAGAGUUUUUAGCCUUUGCCUCGUCAGAGAUUUUUUCAAGAGGAGUUAGUUCAACGAUCUCUACAAAUAAUUCUGCAACGUUCAGUCGAUCUACUAAUAGUUCAGGCGAAAGGAUUAAUCCUCAACGUAUUAUAUAUCGCGAACGACGUUGCGACGGCGAGCGACAUUACAACGAUGAACGGCGAGUUAUCGAUCAAGCCUUGGAAACGCCAGUAACUUCGGUUCUAAGUUCGUCUAGAAUGACGCGAGAAUACAUCGACCGCCAACUUGCUCUUGUUGGGAGAUCACAUGCAACUCAUCCUCCCGAACGUCAACGAAGUGAAGCCGAACUCCCACGAACUAUACUCGACCCCAAUCGUGCUCCUCCUCGUCAACAUGAUCGGCACUCAGUUCCCAUGCUUCCACCAUAUCAACGACAGAUAAUCCAGUCAUAUAGGCCAUCAGCAAGUUUACCCGGAGGUACCCCGCCACCUGCUUACGACAGAGUAUUUGGUAGAAGGAACCGACGUGAAUCGACGGCGUCAGAGGACAGCCAAUGUCUGAGCCCCCCUGCUUACCAGUCUCGUCCCCCAUCCCCAUCAGGUGGGAUAUCAGCGGGGGGAGAUACCAACAACAUGAACCUUAACGUACCGAGACUGGUGGUUGGUCGCCCUGUUGCAAUGCAAUUUCCCGUUGAAAAUAUAAGACGUUAUGAAGUAGCGACGAGCCAACCACGUCAACAAUUAUCUCUACCAGCCACUGGCAGAAUUUUAUCAGAAAACGCCAUUUAUCCUGUUCCAUCACGUGCCAGGCGAGUUUCACCUCCUGCAAUACAAGCUACGGCGAUCACAUCAAUGGCACCCUACCAUCAGCCACACCACAGAUCACUACCACCUCCAAAUUACCAUGUAUCCCCCCAUUUAUCGAAUUCGACAUCACUUUCGCCCCUUGCACGGGGCCCCCCAUCAAGUCCAACACGACAGCCUGUUUCACCGUCAUAUCCUACAGCACAUUUACCAUUUGCUCGUCCUGUAUUAUCUUUAGCUGCUCCAGAAAGCACGUCUCGGCGGCUUUCGCUUACGUCAAACCGUCCUCCUUCCCCAAUACAAGAAACUACUGAAGACAAUCAGGAAGGAAAUGAGAACAAUAAAACCGAAACACCGGUACCGCUAGCGGCGACAAGUGAAGUACGCAGACCCAGUGUCGUGCUCGUCUACUUAUCACAAUCACCAGAAGAGGAGAUAGUCGUAUAAAUUAAAAGAACUCAGUUUGACAUUUAAGGAACCGAAGGGGGGUUAACGUUUUCUUCUUUUGAAUCAAUGAGACUUAAUCAAUGAGAGAAGAGGAAACGACACGAACACCCUCCAAAAUCUUUAUUUGCGCUUAUUUUCAGAAAGCAACAAAGGAAACAUUUUAUGAAGACAUUGAGAUUUGAUUUAAUCUCGUACAUGAUAUUCAACUGACUGCGGCCUGCUUGCAAUAAAUUUGUUAUUAAUUAAUCACUUCGAUAAAUAAUAUUUUAAGACUUAUUUAUUUAAUGAUUACAGUAAAGAACUUCUUGAUCAUGAUUGCACACUUUUAAAACAAGGGUUAUUACUGAAACGCUAAUUGUUACAUUGAUUAUAGCUAACUUCUUCUAAUGCAUGUAAUAUUUCAACGGUCGUAAAUGAUGCUCAAUACAGCGGUCAUUACGUGACGGGAAAUCUGUUCAAGUUGAAUCAGAAGUGAAACAUUAUUGUAAUGAUCAAAAUCCAAGAUAAACAGGCUUGACAAAAAAGAGCGAAGAAAUAAACACUUGAGUUAGACCUCCACUACUUUCCUUUGUCCAUGUACAAAUUUAAACCAUGCUGAAAUAAAAAUUCCUCUAGCA